AUAGGAGCGGCGGGGGCGUGAAUGUGUGCCUCUAUUUAUUUUUGGACGCCGGCGACUGAGUCACAUCCCCUCAGACAGUCAGCGUGGUUUGAGACACUCUUUAACAACCCUGCAGUUGUUACCGGAUACAUUUGGAACCGCGGCUUUCUCUCUAAUUCCCCGACAGGAUUGAGAUGUUACAUUUUAGGUUUUCGACAGUGCUGAAGAAGGAGUUGUUUGAAGCCACCCUCAAGCGUCCCUUGUCUGGCUCCAGACACAAGACCUGGUUGCCGACCCGCCGCUGCUGCUUCGGCACCGCCUCCGUUGAUGCCAGAGCCCUGUCUACCCAACUGAAGGUCCUCCAUGCCCCUGCGCAUCGCCCGGCUCUCCGCACCGCGCCCUUCGCCGCUUCUUUCCGCUCAUACUGCGUGAAAACUGAAGGUGCCGUGGAGCUGGACGAACAGCUGAAGAAGAAUGGCGUCAGCAGCGAAGCAGCCAGCGACAAAAAUGCAGGCAUUCUCCCCAGUUUGGAGGACUUGCUCUUUUACACAGUCGCAGAAGGUCAAGAGAAGAUCCCCGCUCAUAAAUUUCUCACAGCACUUAAAGCCACUGGGCUUCGCACUGGAGAUCCCAGACUGAAGGAAUGCAUGGACACCCUCAAAGAAACUCUAAAGAACACAUCAGAUGGCGUCACGCUGGACAGGCACCUAUUCAAGAAGUGUGUCCAGAGCAACAUUGUCGUGCUCACUCAGGCCUUCCGCAAGAAGUUCGUCAUCCCAGACUUCCAGUCCUUCACCUCCCAUAUUGAUGAGCUGUAUGAGAGUGCCAAAAAGCUCUCUGGAGGACAGGUUGCAGACUACAUUCCUCAGCUUGCCAAAUUCAGCCCGGACAUGUGGGCCGUCUCCCUGUGCACAGUUGACGGACAGAGACACUCAGUAGGAGACACCAAGGUCCCCUUCUGUCUGCAGUCCUGUGUCAAGCCUCUAAAGUACGCUGUUGCUGUUCAUGACUAUGGCACAGAGUAUGUGCACAGUUUCAUUGGGAAGGAGCCCAGUGGCCUGCGCUUUAAUAAGCUCUUCCUGGAUGAAGAUGAUAAGCCCCACAACCCCAUGGUGAAUGCCGGCGCUAUUGUUUGCACUUCACUGAUAAAGCAAGGUACAGGCAAUGCUGAAAGAUUUGAUUAUGUCAUGAACUUCCUGAAAAAUAUGUCGGGAAAGGAGUAUGUGGGUUUCAGCAAUGCCACAUUCCAGUCGGAGCGUGAGUCAGGAGACAGGAACUUUGCCAUCGGCUACUACCUGAAAGAAAAAAAGUGUUUCCCUGAAGGGACAGACAUGACAUCUGUACUGGACCUCUACUUUCAGCUGUGUUCCAUUGAGGUGACCUGCGAGAGCGCCAGUGUCAUGGCAGCCACCCUGGCUAACGGCGGUAUCUGCCCAAUCACGGGUGAGCGUGUGCUGAGCCCCGAGGCGGUGAGGAACACCUUGAGUCUGAUGCACUCCUGCGGCAUGUACGACUUCUCAGGACAGUUUGCUUUCCAUGUCGGUCUACCAGCCAAGUCUGGAGUAGCAGGGGGGAUCCUGCUGGUUGUACCCAAUGUGAUGGGUAUUAUGUGCUGGUCACCUCCACUGGACAAGCUGGGCAACUCAGUCAGAGGAAUACAGUUCUGCACGGACCUCGUUGAGCUUUUCAACUUCCACAACUACGACAACCUGAGGCACUUUACCAAGAAGCAUGACCCUCGCAGAGAAGGAGGAGACCAGCGGCUGCACACCUUCGGACCCAUGGAUUACGAGAGUCUCCAACAAGAGCUAGCUCUGAAAGCCCCUCUUUGGAAAAAGGUGUCCCCCACUGAGUCGCACCAGGACUGCUCCACCACUGUAGUCUAUAGGAUGGACAAUGUCAGUGAGUGAAAUUAAACAAAAAAAGGAGAUCUGCCUGCCCCCCCCCACACUCCCACCUCAACUGAUCUCUCUCCCUACCUCUCGCUACAAGACCACCAUCUUUCCUCACGAAUAUUUAUAUAUAAAUUAUGCAGAGGAUUAUUUAUUGUAUGUGAAGCGGUUACUGUGUGGACGGACUAGGAAGCGUCUUUUGAUUGCUUACUGUGCUCACACUGAGGCCUAAGACUCUCGUGAUAUUAGAACAUAAAUACAGAUGCUGGAUGUCCUGUAGUAGAUGAUGAAUAUUCUUGGAUUAUUAAUGGAAAGUUCUGGGUCAAAGGAGAAUAUUUUUAACAUAUCAGCUAGCUGUGAACGCCUGGUCUGGAGUGCAGCAGUGUUACAGCUAAAAUGACGUAGUUUCUCAUUUUUUAAAAAUGAGCUCUAAAUUCUGAAGGGAUUUCAAUAAUGCAGGUAUUUUGCUUGUUCAAUCUUACAUGCUGGACCUUGGAAGGAAAAAUCAACCCAAAAAUUGAAAGCUUAUUUGAGUCACUAUCAUAAUAGUACAAAGUUUCUCAGCCUUCUGGUCGGGACACAGUCUAAGAACCGAGGAACCAAACAUCCAAACAAUUAGCCUUUGAUAGUUCAAUGUUAAAGUAGAACCUUUCUCUGCACAAUAUACAUGCACCUGUACCAAAUUCCUGUAGGUGGUUAAGUUCAGAAAGCCUUUAUACUUGCCUACAGAUGUCUGAAGUGGAAUACAUGCAGACAUUUAUGAAUUGAGAUUAGUUGGAACCCCCCAUUGGAGUCACUUGAUAUGCAAAAAGGGUUGCAGGAGAUUUUUAGGACUGAUACUGCACACAUGUGCUCUAAUUACUUUUACUAGUAAACAUGAGAUUUUAUAACUUUAAAAUAUAUAGUAUCAUUUGUGCCUCCCUCUAUACCUUAAAAAAAAAAAGAAUACAAAAUAGACUUGUCAAUUUAACUUGACAACUGUGUCAAGGUGCUGGGGUCAUGAGAACUUUGGGAGCUAAAAGCAGAGUCACGGCUGAGAAACACAGCUAUUGUGCAUCGUGCCGACUUAAACAGAGAUAGCAUAUUGAAAAGAGAAACCACAGUAAAAUAGGACUUCAACUUGACUUGUGCCUGGACCACAGUUGGGGCUGAUUUUUCUGAUAAUAUGAUGAUAAUGUGUGUAUUGAAAAAAGCUUUGCUCAACCAAAAAGCUCAGGAGAAGUGAGAUGACUAAAACAACAAGCUGUCCUCAUUCACCUGCCAGCGCUCUCGGGGGACUGGCUGCAUCAUUCUGCGCUGCUGCUGAGUGUAGAUGACAAAAAGAAGUGCGUGCGUGGCUGGUUGUGCCAUGUUUGUCAAAGUUAGUGAGUAUACUCUGUAUACGAAGGGACCUGACCAGUCCUCUCUGCUGUGAACAGGUGACUGCAGGCUUUAUCUGGGCUGCAUUCCAAAACCAUCACUGUAUGUUUACACUGCACGCAAAAAUCUGCUUUUAAGAAAUGGAUAGUAUGUGACGCUGGAUUAAAGCUCCCGAAUGUUGUUGAACUGAAAAAAGUCAAUCAGUAUUUUGCUUAGUGAAGACCUAAUAGGGUCAAAACAUUCCCUUUUUUCAGCCCAGUACAGUUUUGGGAGUUUUAAUCUAGUAUGCAGAUACUUUCCUGUUUUGCUUAAAGCCCCCUGAAAACUUGGUUUCAAAUCUUAUGUGUUUCUCUAUAACAUUAGACGUUCAUGACUAUAAAUAGAGUUAAAGUUUGGUUCAAAACAAAACAUAAUAUCCUGAGUUAUUAAGAGUUUAACAGGGUAAUACUGUUAAUGUAGUUGAAUUGUUACAAAUACUCUAUAAACUAUCUGUAGGCAGACUAACCAAGUAAAGUGUUACCUACUUAUUAUAUGUUGGCAAAGUUCUUGUACAGCUGCUUGUGUUGAGACAACAUUUUACAUUUGAAAACUUUGGCUUUCAUUUUGAAAUGAAAAAGAAAAACACGAAACUAAUGUCUCUAUGCACUAAUUCAAAGAAUUUCAAACGAUACCCAACUUUAGCAGCAGAGGACGGUGAAUUUAUUAAUUCCCAUCUUGCAGUAGUUUUGGGGUUUUUUUUGAUAGUAUGCUUUCAGAGGGUAAAAAAUGUAGAACUGCAAUAUCAUAUAGAUGUAAUCAAAUUGAGUUGCCUCAAGCCCUCCGAUGCAGAAAUGUUCCGUAUACUCAAAAAGUGUGUUUUGAGUGUCAGUAUACAAACACACACAUCACGUAUUCAGUAUUGUUUGUAGUAAAGUUCUCAAAGUCUUACUCUUCUUACUUCUUACUAGUCUUACUGUACUUCUGAAUGUACAUAGUGGCAGGUGUAUAUAGCUUUCAGGUGUGUGUCUGUACAUGACUGAUAAUCCUCAACAGCAGACCAGAAUGUAUGUUGAAUAUACACUUCAGACGUUCCGAAUUUAUAAUAUUGUCUCCUCCAGGACAUAGAAAUACUUGCACAUGACAUGUCAGCAGAUGCCUUAGAUGUCCCUCUACUGUGACUGUAGUGGGGGUAGAGUUUAAUCUGUCUGUUAUUCAGUCAUUGUUAAAACUUUACAUGUGGUGUUUGGCACUGGGUUUGACUUGAGCUCAAAUAGAUUGGCUGCUGGAGCCAAUAAUACCCUGUUAUUAUAAUGUCAUGUUAUGUCAAGUUUUUUUCUUUUUUAUGUAAUGGACUUGUGUUAGAGUCUGUUUCUGUUUUUAAGUGUCUGCUCAUUAUUGUGUAGAGGUACAAUGUAUUCAAAAGCCUCUGUCAUCAUCAAUGGUCCUUGGAAAUGUUGGUCUGUAGAAAAUCCCAUUUCCUUGGUGCUCCUACAGUAUUUUCUACAGUAUGCAAGUUGAGUUGGGUCUGUUUGCCACUUUAAAUGAUUUCAUCCAUGGAUCUUGUUGCUUUCUGCUAUAAGUUUGCAGUGCGACUGCCUUAGAAAGUACUGGAUGAGUAUUAGCUGAACAGUGCUUCUGUUUUUAGUUAUAAGUUAUAAUCCUUAAGAUUUUAAUCAUAUCAAACCCACUUUUUUAUACCAUUUAUGACUAGCACCUAUCCAGCUAUAACCAUUAAAUGUAUUUUAACUCAUUAGUUGCCCCUCUAUAUAGUAGUUUGCAUUAUCAGUGGUGGAGUCCGCCAUUCCUGCACUGGAUUUAAAAUUGUAUGCACACGCACAAGGGAUCCUCAGGAAAUGGUGCAUGUGCGUACUGGGUGAAAUUAAGAAGACAAGAGCUGACACAUGCUCACAUUGCAUGUCAUUUGUGCCGCGAGUGCAUACAUCACAUAAUGACGUAAGCGGGAAGAGUGGAACAGCUGGUCCCAGGCAUUUUGAAGAGGAAACAUAUUUGUGUCAGUGCAAGAAUAGUUGCAACAGUUUAUAAAUAUGAAGUUGUAAUAAACUCAUUUCUAGCACAUCACUACAAAUGGAACGCUAAAACGUUCUUAGCGUUACCACCAAUAACCAGAGGUGGAUUAAGGAUUAUAACUUUAACCACGCAGUGAUUUAAUCAUUUUCUUCAUGAUGAUAAAGCCUGCUUUAUUUUGGUUUAGUUCUUUUUAAUUAAAUGAGUCAAGGAGGCAAAUACUGGCUACAGUAUUUGGGAAAAACUUCUCCCUCAGAUGUGAUCGUUUUCUAAGAGUAGUUCUCAUGUCAGUGUCUCACCUCAGUCCUAGUCUCAGCCUCACUUUUCGUUUUCUCCUGACCUGCCUGUGAUUUUUGGCCAAAGAGUCAGUCAUGUGGAUUGCCUUUCUGAUAUGAGAGUGAAGGACUCAGUCCCUCAUUUCUAACAAUGUGUGAGCCUUUUUUGCUGCUACAGGGUCAUUUUCCCCCUCACUGGUACAAAAUCUAAAAAUACAGUGCCUGCUAGAGCUGGGUAUCGCCACUGAUUUCCCAAAUCGAUCCGAUUCCGAUUUGGUUAGGGAUAUUUAAUAACAAUACCGAUUUUGCUUGGAUAUGAAAGAUUCUCAGAACUAAUGCUGUAAAUUGUACAACCUCUAACCUGGUGCAUUAUUAAGCAUAUUAAUGUUUACAUUAAGAAUUGACCCUUUAAAUCACCUAUAACAGAGCUGACAUUUCCACCCAGUGUUUCCCCAACCAUUAUAUUGUAAAUAAAUAUAUAGAUAUUAAGAAAAACAACUUGACAUUUAAGGUUGAAAUAUUGUCCCUUAAUCAUCGAGUAUUGCAUUUCUAAAUGUUGUGCUGUUAUUUCCACGUUAAAAGAAAAAAAGACUGAUUGAGCAGUCAUCAAACAAUCUGUCUGAUCUUUCAAACAUUCAGUCAGGUGCGCCCGGGAACCUGUAUGGCAGAUUUUCACUUGACUCUCAAAACCUCCGUGAUACAUGUAAGUUAGCAUAAUAUGUUGUAGGAUUUUAGUAUUAUUCAUGCUUUAAUACUGCGUGGUUAUGUAUCAACAUUUAUACACACUGUUUGUGAACUUCCUUCUCCUUACGUUCGGCGCCUCUAUGUGCUGUUUUUAGCUCAGAGAAAGAGUUCAUCAAGCUAGCAGCACAACACGUGAAAGCAGCCAAAUCUGUCAAGUUGCCCCAAGUAUCCCAGUGUUGCACCCUUGGCACCCUUGCUCCAACUUGCUGCACUUCGCGGCUGGAGAAAGCUAACACUAACACUGGUGGCCGGGGUCCUGCUGCAGCGCGGGGGAAACCAGCUACAUCCAACGAUCAUACAUCGAAAAAAUACUUUCUGACCUGGGUGUCACUCCAGCGCCCCACCAGCGUUUCUAUGCCAACAAAAAGCUAUAGCCUACUGACACAAAGAUCGAUCCCUGAUUUUAUGAAUCGAUGUUGGAUAAUUCAAAUGAAUAUCAAUUUGAAUCGGAAAAUCAAUUUUUUAAAAUCAGCCGUAGUGCCCACAUGUCUGCAAGACUGGACCAGACCAGCACUGACAAGACUCAUUUAACCUUAUUGCAACUAAUCAGGGCUGGUUAUCUGAACUGUUCCACUUUGCUUUGGUAAAACAGAAUGACAAACAAGCCUAAUGUUGCUUUGCAUGAGUGUAGAUGAACUAUUACUUGAAGUUUGUAAUUCAGCAACUCUUCUGUCACUCCUCAGAGUGUGAUUAUUAUUCUGUGCAAUCAAACACGACAGAGGGGCUUUUGAAUGCAGUUACCAGCAUUUCCAUGGAAAUCCUCAGAUUUUUAUGGUUCAUGUCAUGUAUGUAAUGUUUCCCGAUGUCCAUUUUUUUCUCUCUCUGAAUUCUCAUUCUCCCUCUUGCAUGCAUAUUUUUGUAUGGUUUGAUAAAUGUGUUUUGAGUUCAUUUCAUGACCUUUAUUUAUGUUGAUUUGUGUCUUGGACAUAAAUUCUACUUUUGACAUGGAAAUUGCAUAUGAGUUUAAGAACUAUCACUACCAUUAUAAUUUGGUUACCUUGGAAUUGUAAGGUCCUCUAAUGCUUUGGUCAGAUAGUUAUUCAUACGCAGUUUUGCGAGAAGAUCUUAUGGCCAAAGACUAAUACUUGAAAAAGUUAGGAAAGUUAUUACAUAACAUGUUAAUGGGUUCUUAAAAGCCAAAGAUGUCCCCAAACAUACAGUAGAUGAAGCCAUACAGUUCCAAGCUUAUGACUGUCAAACUUAUGUUUUGAUUUUAUGUUUCUUUUCUCAGUCCACAUGGUUGUAAUUCUGUAUGUAAAACCUCCAUAAACUUCACCAACUGUCCUGACUGCCAGCACUAAGACAUGAAGUAUGUCUUCACUAUUCUGAGCAAAUACUUCAGUUUCUUUGGCUGUGAUGGACAUGACAAUGAAAGUUGUGUUAAGAUUUUUUUUUUUAGCUUUGCUGUCCCUUGUAUAAAAUCUAAUAAAGCCCUUAUUAUUGAUCAUGUCA